AUGGUGUGUGAUCGAUGCUGGUUGUUUGUCGAAUGUGUGUUGCCCAACUACGCGCUUUGUGGAGUUCUAUAUCACGAUGCGGAGUGUAGAUGCUGGUUGUUGGUGGAAUAUUUGUUGACUCAUUUUGUGGAGUUCCGUAUCUCUAUGGGGAAUGAGCAGAUGUUUGUUGGCUUGUGGACGUGGGCAAUUGUAGUAGGGGCGAUCAAAGGUUGCAACAAAGAAGGAAACAGUGUGUUUAGCGAUGAAGAAAGAAUGCAGGGGAGAUGCUACACUGCGUUAGUCUCUGUGGUGGACGAGCCAAUACGAUUAGAUGGUUGGGAGGUGCGUUUUGUUAAGGUGUCUUUUGGAGUGCUUUCUGCAAGUGCUAUCCGAGUUGAGGAUAUUUGCGAGGGAG